AUGGCUACAGCUAUUUCGCCAUUUGCGUCUACGAAAGAGACUACCAACUAUGCAAGGCUAUGCCGCCUCCUGGUGGAUGUUGGAUCUCAGGUGCUUCGGUCCACUUUCGACAAAAUACAUCCACCAGCGACUCUACAUACAGUUUUGGGAAGAACCUCAGUGCAUUACGCCACAUUGCAAUCACUGUACAAAGGGAGGAAGAAAGUGCUGAAUCCUACGCAGUGGGGAAAGUUGUACCCUACUCACAAAGCCGUGUCUUCUAAAGACUUCGACAUCACACUGCUAACAGUGCUGCUUAGAAAUAUCUGUAGUCUGCGCACUCCUACCAAGGGAUGGAAUGAGCAUCCCCUAGCUACAGACAUACGCACCGAAGAUGACAUCGCCAGAGUGAAGUAUUACAGGAACACUGUAUACGGCCAUGCUCCUCAAGCCUCUGUGGAUGACAGUAGUUUCAGUGCUUACUGGCAGGAAAUACGAGAAGCUUUAGUGAGACUGGGAGGAGCUCAUUUUAGAGCUAAAAUCGACAAUCUUGAGCACGACUGCAUGGAUCCAGUUAUCGAGGAGCAUUAUCGUGAACUGAUGAAACAAUGGAAGAAAGACGACGACAGCAUCAAAGACAAGCUUGAAGAAAUUGAAGGUAAGAAAAACAUCGUCCACUGCCAAUGUGGAUGAAUUUGAAGGCUACAAAAGUAUAUAUUUUCAGUUAACACAGCAGUGCAGGCUAGCUCAUGAAGUUUUCAUUUUGGUUGGAACUAGUCGUAUAUUUGGAAGGUAUUUUUGCGUCAUGUGUGAAAAAUGAAGAAUUAACCCCAAUGUUGACACUGUGUGUUCAUUUGCAGUAUUUUGGUCUGUUCGUGGGUACUCGUGUACAACUGCUGUAGGGCAUUUUUGUGAUUUCUAAGCGUCCUAUUGAGUUUGAUCUGUUCGGAAUCGACUAGAUAUUGAAUUAGAUUUUAUUGUUUUAUCUGCACCUAAACGUGAAGCAGUGAUAUAAAUUUGCUUAUGAAAAUGCGCAUACCUUUUGAAAUUUUCAGAUUUGCUGGAAAACAUGAGAAGCAUUAUGGACAGGAGAGAGAUUGAUAUGAAAGAGGUGAAAGAAAAGCUUACUAGUCUGACGGCCUCAGUUGAAAAAAGCACACAAGAAGGUUAGUUGGUAGAAAGAGCUACAAAAAAAAAAAAAAGUUAUGAAGAGCGUCACUGUUUUUUUGAGCAAAUGACCCAGCUCUUGUGCAUGAUGACGGUAAUCACUGGAUGUCGGCCAACACAGCAUACUUUGGUACUUUACUGAUAUAAAGGCACACCCUGGCCACCACUCACACUGGCUAUACAUGAAGAUACUCUAUAGUGUGUGGGAUGCCACGGAAUGUGAGAUAUUCUGCCCUGGCUACCUCUAGGAUUUGAUGGUGUUUUGACAGCACUCAUACAUAUGUAUGAUCGUAGUUAUCGUCUCUUUUUUUCGUAUCACCUUUCUCGUAAUGAAUCUUACUUCCUAGUAGCGUUAGAUGUGACCCACAUACUUCUCAAUAAAAUAACCAAAUCCUUCCUGCGCUCAUAUUGUGGAGUAUUCAAUUCUACAUGGGAAAAUAGUUUAAUGAGGAUCCCCUUGAGUAAAAUGGGUUAGAACAUGAUGUAUGUGGUUAUUUUACAAUUCCUAAGGAAAAGACUGCAGGCAAAACCUCCCACUCCAUUGCAGACGGGUCUCUAGGUUUCCUCUGCGUUUUUUUUUUUUUGCCUGAUGAAACACAGGAAUGCAGUGUAACUCAUGUUUUCAUUUUGGUUGGAACUAGUCACAUAUUUGGAACGUUAUUCUAGCGUUAUGUGUGAAAAAAAUUUAAAAAAAAAACAACAACAACAACAGAGGAAGGGAAAAGGAUCUAUUUAGUUAACUUUUAAUGAAUAAAGUGACUCUCACUCGGACUAAAAGUUCCAAUGUUAUUGCACGAAAGGGUCUGUUGAGAAAAUGAUAGGCGAAAUGGUAAAGAUGGACAGCGAACUGAAAGAAGUGAAGGAAAAGCUGUGUACUUUGACAGUCUCAGUGGAAGAAAGCAAGGAUGAAGGUCAGUUGAAUUACACAAUAAAAGUUAUCCUGCUUAACCGCAAAUUUCGCCGUAGUCAACAUGGCCUGUAUGUGAGAGAGGGAGAUAUCAUCCUAUGUUAAAGAGAUUCAGUUUUUCAAUUUAGACAAUCUCUGGAAUAAUCUCUACGGUGUGCUUUCAUUCCCCCCAAUUGUUCAAACUUUCACCCGUAAUUAGCCUGGAAAACUUUAUAUUUUGAUUAGAGUGGAGAACGAAAUGAAACGAAGUACAGUUUUAACGAAAACAUUGGCAUUAACAUUGGCUCGAUGUUAGAAAUUAACAGAGCAGGUUCCACUGCAUUUACAAGCCAAAUAGCUUUUGGUCAGUAAAUUGACAUGAAUCAUACAUUGAUACCUUUUUUCAUCGUCCAAGUAAUUUCUUUGGCAGUGGUGUCGUUCGCUAAUUUAAAUUCAGUGCCGAAUACCUAGUAGCAUUAGAUGUAAUCCGCAUAUUUCUGAAUAAAAUAACUAAACCCUUCCUACGCUCAUAUUGUGGAGUUUUCAAUUCUACAUGGGAAAAUAGUUGAAUGAGGAUCGUCUUGAGUAAAAUAGGUUCAUAAGGAAAAGACUGUAGGAAAAACCUCCCACUUCAUCGCAGGCGAGCCCCCGGUUUUCUGCAGCACUUUUGAUGAAACCGCGUGACAAAGAAGGCACAAAGGCGUUGUUUGGUUUCCAUUUAUUUGUUCGUAGUCUCGGUAAAUCCCGAAAAGCCUUUCUCAGACUACGGUAGUCUACGGCUCCAAUGAUAUGAAUAUUUAUCUCCCGAGUAAUUUAUUUUACGACAGAGUUUCACUGUCAGCCGAACAAACAGAGUAGGUUUACCUGAAUUCAUAAUCUAAAUGGCUUUUAAUCAGUAAGCAUGAAUCAUACACUAAAAGCUUUUUGCAUCGUCCAAGUAAUUUCUUUGGCAACGGUAUCGUACUCAUUCACUUAUUUAAAUCCAGUGCCGAAUACCAGAGAGGCACCACAAUUUUAAUGCUGCAUUCAUUAGAUUUCUUACUUAUUUUGCUACUGCUAGGUAUUUUUGAUCCGACUGAGCUUAUCAAUGGAAUUCGCCAGCUUUACAAGACUCGCGAGGGAUGGCUCUCACCAUUUCCAUGGUGUGAAGAGUUUCAGUUUUUUCUUGGAAAUAUUUUUACACGGCUCAAAGUGGUCAGAAGAAAGAAAACGAGAGGAGAAAUCAGUAACGUAUUUGUUGACAUGUCGUCAAUACUAGACCCGUAUGAAGAGUGUUCAGCGCCGAGAACAGUGUUGAUUGAAGGAGAACCUGGUAUGGGAAAACCACCUAUUGUAAAAAGUACGCCUACGACUGGGCCACAAAACAGCAAGAACCUCAGGGCUGCGGCUCAACAGCAUUUAAAGUGGUAUUGUUACUGAAAUGUCGAGAUAUCCAUUCUGACGUUUGGGAAGCUAUUGAUGAUCAGCUUCUGCCCCGAGACAUCGAUGAAGAAGUCAAACAACAAUUCUUUCAUUUUAUUCGUGCAAAUCAGUCCAGCAUUUUAUUGAUAUUGGAUGGAUUGGAUGAGUUACCGUCCAGUAAAUUGUCGAUGUUUUCCGAAUUAAUUGAAGGAAGAGUGCUCCCCAAAUGCCACAUAGUUGCAACAGCAAGACACGAAGCUGGAAAAGAGGUGAGAAAAUGUUGUGACGUGCUGCUUCAGAUCGAAGGAUUUACUGAAGAGCAUGUGAAAGGAUUUGUCACCAAGUACUUUAAAGAAAGGACGGAUUUAGCCACCAAGCUCUCGCAACGGAUGUCGCGAGAUAAAAACCUGAGAGAAAUGGCGGCCAAUCCUCUAAACACAGCACUUCUUUGCCUUUUAUGCGAAGAGUUUGAGGGCACACUCCCAGAAAGCAGAGCUCAACUGUACUUGGAUAUGGUUGAAUGUGUUUUGAGAAGAUAUAGAAAAAGGAAGGGACUACUAGAAAAGAUCGGAGACUUGACAAACCAUUACAAACCGCAAUUGAAUCACCUUGGAAAGGUAGCGUUGAAUGGGUUACUUGACGAUAAGUUGGAUUUUAAUGAAAGUGAAUUGAGAAACCAUGCAAAAGACCUGACUGAAUUUGAUUUCUGUCAGUGCAGCCUGGUGGCAGCAAACUGAGACAAACACUGCACUAUGCCUUCUUACAUAAAAGUUUUCAAGAAUUCUUUGCAGCAUUCUUCAUUUGUUCUCAGAUUCAAAGCAAGGAGAUGAAACCUGAAGAACUAGUUUCCGAUCCAAGGUAUUUCGUUGAACUUAAACAAAUACUUUUGUUUUCAUGUGGAAUUUUGGCCAUGAAGUGCGAUGAACAGGUUGUGGCUCUUGUAAAGAGUUUAACAAAUGAAGUCAACGAAAUUGAAGGCCGUGUUGCAAAAAUUGUAUUGGAGGCCAUCAACGAAUGCAAAAGAGAAAAAAGUGAUUUUCACUCGCAUUUAUCGAAGUCGUUUGGAACUGGUUUGAAUCUGACCAAUUUGGAUUUGUCUUACAAUGGUAUUAGUGAUGCGGGUGCUACAUGUAUUGCUGAGGCAAUCAAAGUGAACAAGACGCUAACCAAUUUGGAUUUGCGAGGUAAUGGUAUUAGUGAUGCGGGUGCUACAUGUAUUGCUGAGGCAAUCAAAGUGAACAAGACGCUAACCAAUUUGGAUUUGCGAGGUAAUGGUAUUAGUGAUGCGGGUGCUACAUGUAUUGCUGAGGCAAUCAAAGUGAACAAGACGCUAACUUAAACAACUUGAAGUAAAAGGGCACUGCUUUUAAAGUAGGCAGGUUCCCUUGAAAAUUGAGGGCCGAAGGCCCGAACCUCUAGGGGGGUCCGGGGGCAUGCUCCCCCGGGAAAUUUUUUUAAAAGAUAAGUCUCCCAGAAACGCAUUUUCCUGCAAUCUGGAAAAGAAAUCUUGUUGCAAUGAUGCAUACUUAAUCUAUCGUAAUAAAAAAAAAGAAUGGUACUCUGGGAGAAUUUGUUUAUUUCACUGUUGUUUUCGGAGCCUCUUUUUAUCCUACAGUUACAAGUUAAAGGCCCAUUUUCAACCUUGAUGCAACGCCUUUCAACCUUGACGCGACCCAAUUUCCUGUAACACGGAAUUCCCAGAUCACUAAAAACCUUCUAAAAUCGUCUUUCUCAAGAGCCACCCUGAACACGCUUGGAGCUCUUCGUACUCUAUGAAGAGUCGGCGAAAAGGACAAUAUUCAAAUUUUUUCACUUUUUAGAAGCGCUUGAGGAUUCUAAAUGAAGACAAAAUACUUCCAAUAGAAACUGGUAUUUUCCAAAGAGAAAUAUGGAAAAAUAUCAGACUGCCUGACGUCUAGUUAUUUAAAGACCGUGUCCGGUAGUGUCUGCUGAAAAUUUUCUUAGUGUCACGCUUGGAUCUCUUCGAACUCUGUGUACAAGGCCAGCGAAACGGACAACGUUGGCAUUUUUUCACUUUUUAGAAGCGCUUGAGGAUUGUAAAUGAAGGUAGAAUAUUUUCCAAUGAAAAAUUAGUAAAUUUCAAAGAGAAAUAUGGAGUUAUUUGAGGACCGUGUCCAGCCGUAUCAAGCGCUUGGAUGGCUUCGUACUCUGUGCAAAACGCAGACUACGGACCGCAGACCGGGUACAAAAUGCAGACUGAGAAUUCGUACUGUUUUUUCGUCUGAUACGUGAUAACAUGGCAUCUUACAACUUACCGAGCGUCACGCAAGUGCUUUUCCGCGAUCAUCUUUCGCGAUUAUUUGUACUAUUGUGGAAUAUUCCUUGCCUGUCUCUUGAUCACAAUCGUUCUUAAUUUUUUUCAAGCCUCGUUUAGUAUUCUCAUUUUCCGCGCGAGUUGGUUGGCGUUUUACCAACCAGAAUUUACCAACUUACUAAAAGUAGAUGUGGAUGUAAAUGGAUGCCACUAUUGAAUAUUUAACUUGCGCAAUAUUCGAGAAAUUCAUCUUUUUAACCGAUAUGUGUUCAUUUUGCUGACAAAAAUGCGAACCAAGACCAGAACUUUUCUUUCGACUUGAUGUAUUUUCAACGUUCAGAAGUGUACACAUACUGAUUUCCCCUUAGUGUCUUAUAUUGUCAUUGGUUUUCAUGAGAAACCGGAGAAUUUUUAUAGGGAAAAGCCAAGCGUUGCCCUCGUGACUGGCCAUUUGUGAACUUUUUUGGUGGUUUUAUCUCUCGUUGGUUUGGUGACUACGCAAAUAUUAAUAUGUGAAAAUCAGAUUAGAUGAAGACUUGAAAUUCUAUUAGGAACGAUUGUGGCCGCUUUAUUAAAAAUCAAAUGCAAUGGCCGCUUUGUUUAAAACAAAAGAUAUCAAGAAACGGUCAAGGAAUAUUUAAUAGAUAAUUACUGCGGUAGUCAGCGUUAUGAGAUAUAUUGCAGCCAACUGAGGGCGUAGUCUGCCUAAUGACCUCUGCCCAUCCCACCUCCAGCCCACACAAACUUUUUUCCGAUCCCCAUCACUACGAAUGCACAAGUUUUCUUAUCACACAACUGCCCAAAAAUAAAAGAAAAUUUAUUCCAAAAGUCUUGAAAGUUCACAUAAACCGAAUUCAUCUGCACCUAUAUUCAGCAAGUCCAAGAAAUCAAUUCAAACCUAAGCCAUAACAUGAAUGAGCUGGCUCCAAGAGCCCUUUGAUUUUCAUUACUUCAAAGUUUCGAGCGUCUCUCUUUCAUUAAAACCAAGACAAAAAACAUUCAUAGGCAUUGUUUUUUUUUAUUUCUGUUGAGAGCUGCAGAGCCAUUCAAUGAAAUUUGAUCACUGAAAGCUUCCUGAACGGGAGGUUUGUGGGGGGGGGAUUGACAAUAGGGGGAGGUGGGGACAAUAGGGGCGAGGUAAACAAAGUUGUUGUGGAUAACUCUAAAAUGGUAAUGUGUGCCGGCGGAUGCCUACUUCCGCAAAAGCCUAGUACUUAAUGACGAGUCAGAAGAGCCCCAGAUAUGAAGGGAUGAUUGUCGAUUUCCUACCUGUUUCAAGACCUUGGGGAAAUUAGCUGGCUGCAGGAAGAUCAGGAUUGGCACCAAUUAUAAAUUCUUUCAUCGAAAGAUUGGUGGAUAGAACUUGGUCCAACAGACUGUAAACAACUCUUAUAAAAAUUUCUUACAAAGGAGCUCUCUUAAAUAUAGAGCUAAUAAAGUGUUUUCACUUAUCAUGUUUAUUCGAUUAAACGCCGCCGGCGUUUAUUAAAAUUUUCGUGAUUCAAGUGCGAUGUUUAUUCGAGGGCGGCGUUUAUUUAAAAUUCAAUUUACUUUUUGCAAACAAUAGUAUGGUAACUGACCAUUUUAAUUGUAAAAAGCAAAAACACAUUCUAGUGCUUGUCCUCAAUUUCACAAUUUGCGUGUUAAUACUACUGCAAUACUUAAUGUGAAAUAAAGUGAACAUAGUUCACCCAAUUUCAAUGUUUCUGUCCUCUUCAUGAUCCGAAUCCAAAAGAUAUAAUGACGGAUGUGCUCUCUCAAAAUCAGAACCGGUACAUUCAAAGGGAUUUGUGCCUUGCUUACUCAGAACUUGCAACUGCGAUAGAAGCAAUAAUCGUGCACUGCCACAAGGCUGUCGUUCCUUGGGGCAGCGAAUCAUGUCGUCCACGGGAAGGUUCAACAUGCAGCUCGAGAGAGUUUUUUUUAUUACCUCUGUGGGUAGCUCUGCUCAAGAAUCAAGAAUUCACUCCAAAACGGUACUUUUCGGGGAUAAUUUCAAAUUUUAGCAGCUGUUUCUUCGUGAAUUCCCAUGGUACCCAGCCAAUCAUUCCUUUUAAGGGCAAGUGGCCAUGAACGGCUUGUUCCAAGAAACGUCCGGUGCCUGGAUAUACUUGGUGGACCCUUCUGGCACUAUUACUUGAUCGAUUUUUUUUUCCGACUGCAAUACGUAAGCAAUACUAUCUUCAGUUUUGCAGUCGAAGAAGUUCCAGGCUAAUAGUAAUCAACCAGCAACCUGUAUUUCAUUGCCCUAGGGCCUGUUUACCUGGAUGUGGGGGACCCCAGGUAGGUGAGUAGACCCUCCUAACCGUGGGCUAAAAAUAGCCAGCGUUUACAUACAAUCUUACAACCCCGGGAUGCCAGGAUGAAGUUUCUCGAGGUUGUUAUCACACUUGCAAUGAAGGAGUUUAAGAUGUGUCUAGGACGUGUCGUAAAAACGUUGCAGAAGAAACGUAAUUAAUUUUCCUCUAAGAUUUUGGCGAAUAGUUCGAUGCGUUAACCGUUUCUGACAGUACAACGUCUUCACUUUGGCAUAACAUGUGAAUGUAGUGCUGAGUUUAAAGUAAAAACGUGACUAAAUCGCUGUCGAGGUUUCAUUGCUAAGUAGAUGUAAAAAUUGAUGUUUUAACGUUCUAGCUCUGCAUGGGAAGACCAAGAAAUGUACAAAGUCUUAACACACUCGUGUUUCCGCUAUUUUUUCCUUAUUUGAUCUAUUUGUAACCCGCGUGGGCGGGUUAACCGACCUUGAGACGUUUACAUGGCAAUGUUGCCCCCUUGCUGACGGGGUUACCCUACCCAGUAGACUGGGCAACCCGCCUUGACGGGUCCCCCCACCUAUCAUGUAAACGUGAUCAAGAUGAAAUAAUAGAUUAUAUGGACAGGCGGGUUACCCAGCUAGGCGGGUUACUUCACCUAUCUGGGGCUCCCCAUCUCCUUGAAAACAGGCCCUCAGUAGUCAUCGGUCUGCUUUUUUGAGUCUAUUAUUCGAAUAAGAGUCGCGUAAUGAUUUGGCAUUUAUUCGGGGGCGGCGUUUAUUAAUAUUUUUGCUUUAAAAUACGGCAGUUACUCGAGGGUGUUUCAUCGACUAUAACGUAAACCGACAUCUCUGAACUCAUAUAAUGCUCAUAAAAAAUUGACCGAUUCUAAAAUAGAACAGGACAGUUGUAAAUGCAUUUUGACCCUCUCGAUGAGCAGUUUGGUGUACAGUUAAACAUGAUUUAUUUCUGUGUGAUUUGUUGAGGACCGACAUCUUUCAGUGUACCAAUCUCAAUCAGCGAAAUAGACCAGUUUGUGCGCACGUAUACACUAUAGUACAUGAAGAAGCCUAGAACUUAAGAGAAGUCAGUAAUUUUCAUGAAUCCGGCGACACAAGCAAAAAUUCAACUUUUUUUUAUUUGCUCCAAAAGACCCUUUUGGUGAAUUGUUUUCAAAAAUCACGUUUACAAGAUAGGUGGGGUGACCCGCUUAGGUAUGAGGUUCUUUUACGGACAAAAUAUCGAACAUGGAUACAUUAAUGUAAAAUUGAAUAAAUGAAUUUCAUCCGGAAUACAUCGAUUUUGGAUGUCAUACAUCGAUGUUGUGCAGCAUACAUCGCUUUCCUGACUCAUUCAUGCGUGAUCUUAUAUAACUAAAAGAUGUUCAAUAAAAAUAAAAGAUGAGGAAGCGGAAAUAGAAAUGACCGGAAGUCAGAUUAAACAAGAAGCCCCGGAAACUAACACUUUCAGAAUGGCUGAAAUAGAGGCAGAUGAUCAGUGAAGUUUGAGAAGCACUAUGCAAGGUGCACGGAUUUGGCUGCCCAACAUGGUUGAUUUCUACUUCGAGAGACUUACUUUACGUUGUUAAGCAGACGAUUCUCGCCAAGGUAGAGUCAUUGAUUUACCAUAUACUUUUCACCUCGAUUCCUGAAACUACUAGCGAGGAAAUAGUGUCUUUAGUGCCAAAUUGUUAAACUACGUAGCUUAGUGCUUCGGUCAGCACUUCCCGUUUGUUGGAAAACAGGUUCAUAUUUUCGAAUCCAUUGGGAAUUGUAAUAGUUGAUAUGUCUACAUUCACCAGUUUUUGAGGUUGAAUCCGUUAUUUGUUUCCAUAUUGCUUAAUUUGGUUGGAUUCGCUAGGCUGGAUUUAAACAUGUUAGAGUUGGUCUCUUGAAACUAAAGACGCGUACGAAAAACAUGCUUAUCAUCGGACAAAUUUUCGGAAAAUUUUCAGGUUUUGACGGGCAACGAACAACUGACUUUGGAUGCCAGCAUCGAUAGAAAAUUUAUAUAACUCAGAACGUAGUUUGGAUUCGAUCCACAAAUAAUGCAGUUACAGUUUUACAGUUCCUGCGAGGUUAAACUGAAUAUGCAUCAUGUGAAAGAAAUGUUAUUGAUCUUCCCUUGCGCGUAAGUUUAAUGUGGAUUCUCUCUAUAUACGAAAGCUAAUCAAGCUGCCUCACAACAGAUGAUGUUUGUUACUGCUAACUUCAACUUGAAAACUUUGAACAUUGAGCAUUGUUUCACGAUACGCGAACUUCCGGUGUUCGCCAUAGUUUCCGGUUUGUAUAAACUGUCAAUCAAAUAAACGUGGUUUAGCUUUUCUCAAAAUGGCGUGUUCACUAAGAAACACAAACAAGCAUUUCAGCAUGAAAGUUGUGUAGUCACAAACAAUAUUUAUCAAGGAGAUAACUUUCAUGGAACCAGAAACAAAACAUUGAUGUUUCUUUAUUUACACUAUGAAAACGGCAAGUGAUUGAAUCUUUGCUGUCAGUGAAUAUACCUACAGUCUUUGAAAUGGAGUACAUGCAGACCAACAGAGAAACCUUUGUAACACUUUUCUUCUUAUUGCGCCAUAUGCUACAUUGCUUGCCCAAAAAAGUAAUUGUUUUGAGUUUAUUUUCAAAGGGGAUAUACCAUCAAAUUAGUAAUUGUAUUAAGAGCAUGUGAAUGUGGCUUGUGAAAAAUUUGCAAAAUUUUUGCAAUUUCCAAUUUUUGGCAGCAGUCGCAUCUAACUGGUAUCCUGUGACCAAAACUUCAUUGACUGGCACAUACAUCAAUCACAAACCCAUCUCCUUCUAUUAAAAGAUAAAGAAAAAUUCUUGCACAAAUUACUGGGCAAAAAUGGAUCAUUUUCAAAUGAUUAUCUUCACAGCUUUCAGGUUUUAAUGGAAUCUUGCAUUUCUUUCAGAGCAAAACAACGAGGCAAUUUUUUUCACAUUGUUGGUAGUCACUAUCAGCAGGCUUCUAUGCAGCUACUUUCAGCUUUUAGACAUAGAAGGCAAAGACUGCUCAAAUAGAGCUUGCUUUUGAAACUGUCGUUGGUUGAGGUCUCUGCGUCUGGCAGAGUGGUGGUUUUGAGAUUGGGACCAUGUAUUGUGUCUUGCCAUUUCAUGCCCCAAAUUACACUAGCAGACCACAGUGUAUUUUCCAGCUUAAAUUUUAUCUAGACAUGUCUUACGUACAAUGACAGCUAAAUGGUUAAAAAAAAAAAGUGAGAUACUUUGGUAUGCCAAAAUUUGGAAGCCUCCAAUGCAGGACAUGGCUCUUUUGAAGAUUAGCAGAAUUUUGGUGAUCCGCAAAAAUUUGGCAAGUUUUUAAAAUUGAGGGUUGUACUUAUUUUAUGUAACUUGUUGACAGAUUUUUUACUUAAACAAACAAAAAAAAGCUCUAGUGUGACCUAGGCCUAUAUAUAAUAAGAAAGGAGUGUGAUCUUAGGAGAGCACCAUACUGUUUUUUGUCAGUGAUGAACAUUGCCAUUUACUAACAACAGUGGAAGACAUAUUGUGACCUUAUGGUCAUCGUACUGGACUUUGGUACCAAAGGUCUGGGUUCAAAACCUGGCUGAGUCAAUGUGUUUGGGCAGGACACUUUACUCUCCCCAUGCCUCUCUCCACCUAGGAGUAUAAAUGGGUACUGGUGAAUUGUUAGGGAAGCCUGAUGAAAAGCUGGUAGGGGGGAACCUUGUGAUGGACUGGCAUCCCAUCCAGGGGGGAGUUGUUAUUAUUGUAGUAGCUUUAUGCUAAGGAAACCAAGACAAGCUCCUUCUACAGGGGGCCAAUAGGCUUGAGUGCAGACUCUUUUUUGCUACCAAGAACAGUAACUGAUCUCACAGGGUGCUUCAAAACUUUUCUGAAAUUUUGAGGGAUGUAAGAGGUAAAACUUGUGGGGAAAAACUGGAAAGUUUUCAUCAUGGCCAUGGUAAUUUAUUUCUCUUCACAGAACAGUAAAUACAAAACCAAAAUUGCUUGGAAUUAAGUAUUGCAAAUUGCAUGGUUAAUAUGUGGUUGACAUGUAUAAAUGGCUGAGAGCCAGAGAGAAUCCCUUUUUGUUGUUUUGACAAAUGAAAGCUGUUUUAUAAGUUUGAUCACUCAAGAGACUUUUUUGGAUUAGAAAUAAUCUUAAAUGGAUAAAAAGAUUCUAAUUGAAAUGAACGUAUCAUGUUUUUUGUGUGGAAAAUCUAAACAGAUGUAAUAAGUCUUUAUAAGAACAGUGUAUUUUCUUGAGAUUUGUACAUUACUGUGAGGGUUUUAUGCACAGAAUUGUGUGUGUUCCCCCUGCCCCAUCUGCCUUUUUAACCCUUAACACCCUAAGGCAUUGGUUUUCAUAUUCUCCACACUGUUUUCUUUACAUUCCCUAUGAUACUGACAAGGAGAAUUUGUUUGACAAUCAGAAACUUCUUAAAUUGGUGAUCAUUUCCUUUAUUCUUGUGACCUCUACAUUUGAUUCAUGACUGAUACUGUGAGGAGAAAUUAGAAGCCAAUCACUCUUAGAGGUUGAAGGGUUAAAAAGGAAGACACAUUACACUUGUUGUAUAAAUUUGUCAGGUGACAAUAAAUUCAAUGUUAAGUAUGUGGAAUGACAUUUUGGCUCUGGGAAGUUCAAAUGAUGAUUUAUGUGUAUAUUUCUUUUCAGAAGACAUGUCCUCAUGGCCUUUGCCACUCCAUCGAAUCCUUCUACCAAAGCAACCUCCAACUAUGCACAGCUGUGUCGCCUUCUUGUUGAAGUUGGAUCACAUGUGUUAAAGGAGAUCUUUGACAGGGUAUGUCCACCAGAAAAACUUCACACAGUUCUGACAAAUCCCACAAACUGUGCCAAAUUACAAACACUUCGAAAGAAGAGAGUCCUGUGUACUUCCCAGUGGCGCAAAUUGUAUCCUGCUGUCAAAUGGUCAAUUUCCUCAGAGAACUUUGACAGCUCCCUGCUGCUAUUACUUCUGAGGAAUAUCUUUGGUCUAACUCUCCCUGCCUCUGGCCAAGAUGACCUUCCUUUGGUAACAGACACCACUCCAGCAGCUGACAUCUCUCGCAUCAAGAUCCUCAGAGACAGAGUUUACAGUCAUGUUACCAGUGGUUCAGUUGAUGAUCCAACUUUCAGUUCCUACUGGAAUGACAUCAAAGACACCUUUCAGCGUAUUGGAGGGGCCCGCUAUCAGGAUGUUAUCAAUGAUCUUAAAACUGAUCGCAUGGAUGCUGAUAUUGAGAAAGACUACCAGGAGCUUUUUAGAGAGUGGCUGAAGGAUGAAGACUGUGUCACAGAUAAAUCACAUGAAGAUGAAAUGGUAAAAAAAGCCAGGAAGGAAGAUGACCUAGAGGGUUCCAUUGAGAUAUAUGAACAAAAUUUAGGAAAGGAAGGUUUGUGUGAUUUACUUUUGUUAAUUUUAAGUUUUAACUUAAUAUUUGUCUCUUUUGUGUGAUUAAUGUUAGAUAUAUAGUGGGUCAUGAAAUAAAAGAAAUUACCUCCAAAAUUUCUGUGUGGAAAUUGGUAUACUGUAUAUGUAAGUAAAGUUUUGUGUUAUUUUUCUUGAUGUUAUGAACAAAGUUUACAAAAAAAUUCAUACAUGUCAUCAAAAUAUAAUUCUGUGCCGAAGGUGAUAGAUUUAAAGCCUGAUUAUUUGAGUGAAAGAUGUAACCCAGUGAAUGACACAACCAUGCAAACUCAGAGAAAAAAUGGUAGCACUCAGAGGUGUUUUUUUUCUUCAAGUAUGUCUGACAGUGUAUAAUUUUGUAUUGUUUAAUCAGUUAGUGAGGACUUGAAAUGUUUUAUGCAUGGUCAAGGAUGCUUUGACCUAAUUGUUAUUCAUAACUGGUUUUCUUUUCUUUUUCUUCAUUAUAUCUUUUGAUUUUUGUUUCGGAUCUGCUAAUAACUUCUAAUAAAUGAAUGGAAACAAAGAAAAAGAAAUACUACAUUCUUCUUUUUUAGAGACAGCAAUGAUGCCAAGGGAAACUACAUCAGCACAGAAUGCAAGCCCACCAGAGCUCAAUGUUACACUUCCAUUGAUAAGUGAUCUUCCUGAAACCUCUUUUACUUGGAACAAUGUUGAACUUCCUGUUGAUAUUCUUUUAUUAACAGUGGAGGACUGUGAGUUCUUAAGCUGCUUUGCCUACCUGAAGGAACCCAUUAAGAGUUACCACAUCAGUACUGGCUAUGUGUACUUUGGGUGCAUGGGUGAUGAUCAAGGAAAGAAAAUGAAAAUUGCAUUGAUGAGGUGUUCCAAGGGUCCUGAUGUUCCUGGGGGUUCUUUAUCUGCUUCAAAAGAUGCCAUUUUGCUACUGAGACCGAAGGCUAUUUUUUCUGUUGGUGCCUGCAGUGGUUUGAACAGCAAAAAGGUCAAGUUAGGAGAUGUGGUUGUUUCAGCAAAGCUGAUAACAGCUGCGCACAAAACUCCCCCUAGUAGAGAUAUUGGUAAGCUGAUCAAACAUGUGGCUGAUGGGUGGAAGGCACCUUUACAAAAUGCUGAUGAAUAUAAUGCCAAAGUGCACUGUGAUGGAGUGGUUCUGAGUAUCUUGGAGGCAAACAGAGAUAUGAUUAGGAAACACCCUGAGGCAAUUGCAGUUGAAAUGGAAGGUGGAGGUGAGAAUCAUAAUAAUUCAAAUAAUUGAUGAGCCAAGGACUUUAGAAUUUGAAGCGAGAGUUUUGAAAAAGACUGCCCUGGUAUUGUCUCUGCUGGUCCAAGAAAUAGCAUAUACCAUAAUUAUAGCAUGCAAAAUUUGUGGAAAUUAUAUCUGGCAUAAUAAUAGUAAUUUUGUGUUUGACUGGGGUUGAAUAUUGUUUAGCAGGUGGAGGUGACUGAGACUUCUUCUGUCUUCUAAAUUGAAUGUGCUCCAUCAGGAUGUCAUGAAUUGUCUUAAAUUUGUCAUCUGAAAAAUGUAGAAAGUAUUUUGUUGAAUAGUUUGAGAGUUGAGGAAUAACUAUCAGUCCCUGUUAAUCCUGAAACUCCCAUGAGUGACCAAGACAGAAUUUCUCCUUACAGUAUCAAUAUGAUAUCAAGUGGAUACAACAACAUUACUGUAAGUAAUGGGAAAAGAAAAAGAAAAUGUCAAUUAGGAAAUUAUUGGAUGAUCCAAAACCAAAUUCUCCCAACUACGCCACCUGUAACAUCAUAGGAAUUGUACGACAGACACUAAAGAGAAUUACCAAAGAGAUCUUAGGAGUGAAAGGGUUGACUCUCGCUGACAAAAGUUUUUCUUUUGAGAAAUGUUGAAAGUUACUUAUGAAACAAGGUGUACAAUUUUUUUUAAAGUACUGGUUGAAAAAAAUUAGAUUUUGUUACUAACUAAUGUCUUUCUGGGAUGUGCAUUUUUACAAACAGCUAGAGUGUGAAUCUUUUAAAGCUUUCAUCGCACAAUUAUUUUAAGGAUUCUACCAAAAUUAGCAAUAUGGUUAACAGACAUGAGUGUUUUUUUUUUGUUUAAGGAGUGUAUGCUGCAGCCCAUGAUUUUAAGACAGAAUGGGUGGUAGUCAAGGGCAUUAAAGACUUUGUAGAUGAAAUGCAGUCUUCAAGUAAAAAAUGGAAACAAAUUGCCUGUGUGAUGGCAGUAUCUGUUUUGGCCAACAUUUUGAAUGAUCCAGUCAUAUUCCAAGAUUGGCCUUACUUUAAUGCAGGUAUUGCUUCCUGUCUCAAUCUUGUCUUUUUACAAGGAUAGGUCUGACUUAGAUCUAAGUUCCCAUAGCAUAUUCUUGUAUGGAUUACAAAUCAAGAUCAUUUAUUCAGUAACAGUUCACAAAUAGAAAAUUAAGUUACCCUUAUUUUAAGUUUAUGUAUUAGUAAGUUAAACAAGGCCUCUUAAGGUGGUGGCAGAAAAAACUUGUAGUUAAAUCAAGUGAUGCUGAUGAAUGACAAUUCACUUCAUGAGCCAGGUGAAUAUGCCUGUUUUCUAUAGUUAGCUUGGUUUAUGUAACACAACCAGAAAAUGGAAAAUUUGGAGGCCAAUGACAUCUGCCAUUUAGUGAUUUGAAGUGAUUUGAUAUAUGUUCCUGGGCAAAUUAAGCAACACAUCAAAUUGUUUUAAACCAAGAACAGAGAAUUAUCCAGUACUGCAUGUGCGACUGUAUUUUGAUGUUGAUACUUAAUUGAAUGCACAGGGAAGGGAUAACUGCCAGCACAUAUACAUGUAUUUACAGUUUUUUUUUUCUGUUGUUGUUGUUGUUUUUUACCCCUUUUUGGAACCUGACAUAAUAUUAGUUGAGACUAAUGAAUCAGAUUGUAAGUAAAUUUCUUAAGUAAAUUGGUUUAAAGAGACAACACUUCUUUUUGUUUAUUAUUUAAUUUAGGUGCCAAUGAAUUGCCUUCUCAAGGUGAGUCCUACAUGUUUUGAUGAGUGUAAUACUUAAUACUGAAAUAAUAAAUGUAAUAAUAGUGACCAUGUGAAUGGUAACGUCAUAAACAGUGAACUUAUUUACGACUAUUUGAACUACUGUUAUUAAAUGUUGAUAAGUAAAGACGAUUUUGAAGGGUGGAUCCAGGAUUUUUAUAUAGAAGGGGGUCACAAUUUUUGUUCAGAAAACACAGAAAUUUUGUGUUUUUUCUGAAACCACAGUAGGCCAAGACCUAUAUCUGGAACGGUAAUUGUUAGUUGCUCCAUAUUGGAUGGUGAUAUGUGAUCCUGUUGUUUCAAGAAUUUGGGUGUCAGACAAGUGGAUCUGACGCCACCACCGAUUUUUAACCAUUAUAGGGUCCGUGAGUUGGGGCUCUGAUAUCCAAUGCUGGAAUUGUUUCUCUGUCAGACACUAGACUUUGAAAUUUACAUUCAAGACUAAUCCUAUAAGGGUUAGAACUAUGUGUGGUAUUAAUGUGCCUUUAGUUUGUUAUACUUUUUUCAUCAAUAAGAGUAAUACCAAUAUAGCCUAAAAUCUUUGUCUUAAGCGCUUGUGUGUUGAUUGACCUGCCCUCAAAACAGUUAAACCCCGUGGAACAAGAGUGAUAGUACUUAAACUGCUAUCCUCGUGUUCAUAUUAUUUAUUAAGUAUGUUCCUUUUUUAUAUUUCAGCCGUAAGUACCUACACUUCAGCUUUAAAGACUUCAAUUAUGUACCAUACGGAGUUCCAACCCAAACUGCUUGCCUCUCGCACGAUUUCCAACGCGAAAACGGACGAAAUAUUCACUAAUCUUCUCAUACAACAUGGAAGAAAAGCCCUGAUUAGGAAUGACGAGACAUAUUAUUCAAGGAGUAAAGAGCUUGAGUACUACGGGAAAAUUAGUGGUACUCCAGUCAAGCACUGCAGUGAAAUACUUCUUGGCAUGAUUGAUGAUCAGGAAAGUGCUAAUUCUAUUCUUGUCGUUGGAAAAGCAGGGAUUGGGAAAUCCCUGUUUUGCCAGAAGGUGAUUCGCGAUUGGGCUAACAACGAAUUACUUCGAGCACUAGAAAGCACUGAAAUGCCCAAUUUAAAAUUUGUGUAUUUGCUUACUUUCCGUCAGUUGAAUUUGCUCAAGAAUAAGCAUUUGACUUUAAGAGAAAUCUUAAAUUUUUCCUCGGUACUGAAUGACAAAUGUGACAUUAACGAAUCAACAUUUGAGUACAUUGUAAAGCAUUCCAAGGAAGUAAUGAUAAUUCUCGACGGCUAUGAUGAGUAUUCUCAGAAAACCAGUAUCGAUGGAAACUCAGAAGGACGGCAUCCCAAUGACGUUAGACGUAAAAUGCCGGUGGCCGCACUGUGUUCUAAACUCAUCAAUGGAAAAAUCCUGCAAGGGGCUAUCGUCAUGAUUACCUCGCGACCUGAUGAAUCGGACAAGAUGGGAGGAAUCUGUUAUAAACGGUAUGUGGAAAUUGCUGGUUUUUCGGCAGAACAAGUCAAAGAGUACAUAAAGAAAUACUUCAAGAAAAACGAAAAUAUGAAGAACGCUGUACUUAAACAUGUCAUGAACAAUGAGAAUCUUGUCAGUUUUGCUCAUAUUCCUAUGCUCUGUUAUCUGUUGUGCUUCGAGAUGGAGUAUACCCUAGCCGAAUCAGAAAAUUCUGAUGACCUUCCUGUCUCAAUAACCGACAUUUAUACCAAACUUGUUGAUAUUUUUGAACUCAAGCACUGCGCCGAGUCAGAAUACAGACAAAAAGAAAUUCCUGAGAAGUUCAAGCCCCCUCCUGUCAUCAAGAACACUUUGGAGAAAUUAUCAAAAUUAGCGGCUAAACUGCUGGUUGAAAGAAAGCCAACUUUUGAUGAAAGAGAAAAAGGAGCGCGAUUUUGA